UUUCUGUUGUUUGUCUCGAUCAUGGUCCUGAAAUUUGAGCUCUUUCCUCCGAAUCCGCCCACUCCUCUCAAAAGUGUCCAAUAGUCCUCUCUACAGGAAUCAUCUGUUACAUCUUAAUGACCUUUACGCGACUCCUUCCCCAAAUGUACAGGUGCGCCGCAUCAUCAUACGCAGGCAACACGAUGGAAGCAGAACAGCUACAGGUUUUGAACCCGCGGAGACUGAAGUCUUUGGAGGAAUGGAUGCAAAAGACCUCCAUCACCUUAACACAGGUCAAUGGUCAGAGGAAAUACGGUGGUCCCCCUCUGGGCUGGUGUGGUCCUGCUCCAGGCCCCGGCUGUGAGGUCUUCAUCAGUCAGAUACCACGUGACGUCUACGAGGACCGCCUGAUCCCGCUCUUCCAGAGCAUCGGCAAUCUGUACGAGUUCCGGCUCAUGAUGAACUUCAGCGGCCAGAACCGCGGCUUCGCCUACGCCAAGUACGGCGACCAGGCGACGGCCUUAACCGCCGUUAUGACCCUCAACCAGUACCGCCUAGCGGAAGGGGCUCGGCUGACGGUGCGCAGGAGCACAGAGAAGAGACAGCUGCGCCUCGGGGACCUGCCGGCUAACGUGAGCGAGCCAGAACUGCUCAUGGUGCUUCGGAUGUUCUCUGAGGGCGUGGAUGAUGUCAUGCUGAAAGUGGGCGGGCCUAAAGGAAGGGAGGUGAUGGCUAUAGUUCAAUACUCCUCCCACUAUGCUGCGUCCAUGGCUAAGAAAAUAUUGGUGCAAGCAUUCAAGAAGCAGUGCGGCAUUUGCAUCACUGUUAGAUGGUUGUCCACAAAGUCAAAGCAUGUCGAGGAAACCAAACCAGACAGCGGCCCUCUUACCCCACCUGGUCUAAAACCCCUCCCCAAACCCUUUAUCACCUCAACCCACCUGCAUCCCCCACCGUCCCUUCAUAACGUCCCGACCCGCACUGGCCCCCAGACCUUCAUUCGGGCGGUUGGCUCUCCUACCACCCAACAUCAAGACGGGCUGGUACCUCAAGACGCCGUGUCUCAGCUGAAGUGGCUCUGCGAGGUGAACAAACUCGGAGCUCCGCGGUACGAAGCACGUUACCAUCACACCGGGCCCGACGGCUUCCUCUUCUUCGCCUAUAAAGUCUUGAUCCCAGCUCUUCCCAUUCCCCUGUACGGUUUUGUCCAGAUCCUGCCAGGCACCAGCGCUCAUGCCAUGAAGGGGGAAAUUCACCGGGCCACUGCCGAGCAUGUGCUGAAAACCAUAUGCAAGGCCUCAAACGUGCGAGCAUUCUAAUGUGCUGGCUGUGUUAUCGGUUUCAUGUUCAGUAUUACAGUUUUGAUGGCAUGUAAUGUUGAGGUUCCAGUUAAAAAAAAAUGAGUCGAAUUUUAGUUAACCGCAUAAGCAGGCGGUGAAUUCAUGUUUUUCAAAAACUGAAUUUAGUGGUAUGAAAGACGUUUGAAGUAUUUUGUUCUCUUUGGUAUGUUUUAUAAUAUUUUAACUAUGUAAUAUUAAUAAUUUGUAUGUUGUUUUCCAGUGCACCCUAUCACAUUUGGAUGACUUUGUGUGUUUUCACAAUUUAUUAUUAUGAACGUUUUUGAGUUUGGACUUUUUUGUUUUGCACUGGUUUUGACUUUGCAUGGUGUGCUUUGUUUCCUUGUUUGAUGGGCUGUACUGGCUAGAAAUGACUUUUGUACAGUAAAUUAGUUCCAUGAAA